AUGAAACCUCCCACUAUCUUAGCCACUAUUAUCACCCUAACCCUAACUGGGCUGUCUGUGGCCGAUAAAACCUGCACCCCGAGCUUUGACUACUGCUCGGAUGUGCUGUUGAAUUCCAAGGGCUUCUCUCAGUCUGACCUGACAGAUGCCCUUCAAGGCACUGGAUAUGAGAACCAAAACCUGAGCAACAUUCUCUUCCACUGUACGAAUCCGGGCCAGAUUGGCCAUGCAAAGUUGUGUGAUAAUGGGUUGAGGUUGAGAUUGGAUUCACAUUCGGAGGCUCAAGGCUGCCCGGGCCACGCGCGACACCAGUUGACGGACGCGCCCGCGGGAAGUUCCCUUCGCAUUUUCCCACCCAUCACCUGUGGAGGAUGCAAGAAACGAGGACUAGACGAACAAUGUUCCUACCGGCCCGAGGAUAUGCCCCCCGCCACCUCCCAUAAAAAAGCUAAAAUAUCUCAUUCGGGUGAUGAGAGUCGGUCUCUCUCCCCUCCGAGGCUACAAACCCUGCCACGCAAUUUUCUCAUUGUUGCCCCGCGCUCGCAGAGGAAGCGUCGACGGGAUGAGUCCUUUCCACCCCGGCAUGAUCGAAACCGAGGUGACUCGGUAGAGGUAUACUCCAUCAUCUCAGAUGGCAGCGACCCUCCUAACCCGCCGGGCACCGGGAUCAAUGCCCACAUCUCACGCCUGACCCGGCUGCAGCAGGCCGUGGAUGCAAGAACAGGCCGGGUGAAGACUGAAGCUCCAAUCGAAGAUGGCAUAUUCUCGCUGCAAGAUACAGGGCGAGACUGCCCUCCUCACUUGACCAUUGCCGAAUCUCCAGCCCAAUUGCCCUCAGACCUGAUGAACAGUCUGAUUGCAACCUAUCUGGCCCGCGACUAUGUGAACUGGCCGAUCUUCGAUCUAUCAGACUUCCAGUCGGCCCGUGAGAAGGUUGGCGACAUGCAGGACCUCACGGCUGGGUCGAGUGGCCUCCACGCCAUCCUCAAGAUGAUUUUGUGUCUCUCUGGACUGAGAUACCAUCAAGUAGAUGAAGCCUAUCUGCAAUCUCUCUUCAAUCACGCCCAGAGAAUGACAAACAGCCCAGAUUGGCAAGGCACGCCCUGGGUGCGCGUACAAUGUCUCUUCCUACAAUGCCAGUACCUCAACGCAACAGGGAAAUCAAAGCAAGCCUGGGCCCUAAUUGGCUACGCCAUCCGCACCAUGCAAGCCCUAGGACUGCAGCCACAGACAAACGCGCAUAACGGACGGGAACGACAGCAGCGCGAACUCGGCCGCAGGCUCUGGCACAGCGCAAUCAUCCUAGAGCGAAUGCUAGCAUUACAACUAGGCCUACCACCUCAGGUCUCCAAUCCCCUCCAGGUACAUCUACCCACGCACCUGGACACCGACUACAUCGACACCGUAUCAGGCGGAGCGCCCAACUCCAGCGGAGACCGACCCUCGAUCAUCGAGCUUUUAAUCGCAUGCGCCAGACUCUACACCCACGUCGAAGAGAUAACUGCUUGGGAAUCUGAAGCAAGAAUCCGACCAGACACCUGCGCCGCCAAGAAGCUCCUCGCCCUGGACCUCUCCCCAUUCCUGAAAACAGAUGCUCUCCUCUACGACUGGCAGACAUCCCUGCCCUCAUUCCUUCGCACCGACGAAACAUUCGAACUAGCCGAUGACCCCAUUGUUCGCCGCCAACGCCACACCCUGCACGCCCGUUACCUCUACCUUCGUCUCCGACUUUAUCGGCCCCUUUUAGCUCUGGGCCUCGCCCUGUCAGCCAAAUGCACCUGCCGGUCAAACAAACACCCUCACAUGUCGGAGACAGACCCUUCUUCUUCUAUCAACUCCCCUAUACUGGUUACCAUCGUCCGCGACACCUCCCUCAAAUGCGCCACCAUCGCCGCAGACCUCGCCGACUUGAUCGAAGAAACCGAGGACGGGCUGCUCGACGGCGGUCCAGAUGAUACCUGGCGCAGCGCUGGAUCGCCAUACUGGGAGAACGUGGAGUAUCUCUAUGCCUGUGGGAUUGUUAUCCUGGCGGCGCGGCUGUGCUCCAGCUCGGGCGUGGCGCAGCUGAAGAGGGCCUGGACGAGGGUUAUUUCCUUGUUGACAAGGUAUGAAGGUUUCCGGGCUGAGGAGUAUGCUCGUCUUGCGAGAUUGGGGAGGAACACGCUUGAGAAUCUGGCGGGUGCGUUGCAGAGGGAUGUGGGGGAGGCGAUGGUGAUGGGAUUAGAUGGGGAGACGAGGACGAGGUUGGUGGGGAGAACAAGUGGUGGUGCUGUGGACUCGUCGGGGGGAGGGUGUAGACAGAGUCGGGGUCAGGGUCAGAGUCAGAGUCAACGGGGGGAUUUGGGUUGGGUUGAGAGCUUGUUGAUUGAUUUGGUGGGGGAUGAUUUACGAUUAGAGAUCCACGGACAAUAUAUUGUAGGAUACACUACUAUACUAGUGAUUUGGUAUUAUAACACUACCAGUAUUAACCUACUACAUCUACUAGUGCGGAGUGCAUUCAACCCUCUACCCAGAUAUCCAAACACAGCUAGUACUAUCACUAAUGAGAUAGUAUACAAGAAGGGAUAUAUAUUCGGUCCAAUGCUCGCACGAAACCCGAACCGAACUCAUAGUAGUACUACUAUAGUUAUUUACCUAACUCAGAAUAAUCAUCCCACGAACGCCUCCUAUAGUACGUUUUUUGACAUUUACUCGUAUAGAUCUCGUCGUUGCGGAUGCUAUGACCCUGCCGACCUUUCCCAUCGAGGGCGUCGGAGACAGCCAAGAGCAGCAACACAGAUGCUGCGGUUCCCACCCACAAAUCUGAACCUUUCAUAUGAAACUGAUAACACAUGCAUAUUUACAGUAUAUAUAUACAAUCCUAGACAACUGCUUCAAGCUCAAGCUCAAGCUACUGCUUGUUCUCCGCCUCGGCGAUCAGAGUCUCCAUCUCCUGCUCCGUCCACCGAUGGAACAGCUUCUUCGGAUCCGACAACGACGCGUCACUCUGGACCGAUUGGACGUGUAGCACGGGGACAUCAAAAUCAUAGACAUCCUUCCAGGGCUUAUUGCUCGGGAGCUGGAUAUCCAACUCAGUGUAGUCGAAGGGACGGCGCUUGUGCAGCUUAG